CAUUUUCGAAUAGAUGAGUAGAUUCGGGUUGAUUGAUAAGACGAAAAUUGUAAGUACAACAAUAAGAAUAGACGGUUCAGGAUGAAGAAUAAAGGAGCGCGAGUCUCCAAGGGGCGGUGGCAUAAAUGCUGCUCCUUCCUCCAGGGAAUCAGUACAGAGUUUUCAUGACGAGGUGAUGAGGAGGUCGAGCUAGGGGCCGAUGACGUUUCGGUGGCGGGUGGAUGCUCGCGAUGUUGGCCCCUAUCAUUGGGGGGAUUGGCCCCCCGACGGGGGUGGGCGGCCAGCCGCCCCUGCGUACGCCCCUGGGUUCCGAGUACGGGCUGGCGUAACUAGGGGCCACCAAUCAGGGGGCGCUUUGGAACCAACGCUGGCCUCGGUGACGCCGAACUUUCCACGCGCACCGCCCAACACCAAAGUAGUUCCCUACCAGCUAGCUGUGAGCACGUUUUUACGAGCGACUGCGUCUUAACGUCUCUACGGUGUAGUUACUUCGAACCUUUCGUAGCAGGAAAACUCAAGUUUCAGGAGCCGGAAGAAGAGCGUCGCCAGUGGUGUUGUUGUAUUAUCGCAUUCCUGGAACAGUUGGCAUUCUGUAUAACGACAAUGACGUUCUCAGUGACUCGCCGUAUAAUUCUCCUUGUGUGCAAGUGCUCCGCCUUCGAGGUGUCGCGAGAGAAGUGGUAAAUUUGGCGGCAAGUUUGAAACACGCGUUCGUGUCCUUGUAAACAUCCUGCCGAUGACUGAAAAAUAUAUGAGAUAAUAUCCGUAGCUGUGAAAUAAUGAACAGUGCGAUUAAGGAUAGCUAAACUGGAAGGAUAUAUUAAAUCUUGUAUAAAGAUUUCUAAAUAUAAUUCCAGAUUUGUAUCAAGUCGUGCGGAACACGCGGUUCUUAGCGAGUGUCGAUUGUCAUAUAUCGAUUGGCGAGGAGAAGACGGAUACGCCGACGCUCACAACUCGAGAGUGCGCCGACGCACGGCGUCGUCUUUGAUAGUGUGUUGUGUAUGAACGCUACGUGUAUGUGCAUAGUGCGUGCGUAUGACUAGACCAGCAUAGUCGUAGCGUGGACAGCACAUCGGGCUGUCGCUUGAACGAUGGUGCGAUUACAGCUCUGGUCAUGGUUACGGCUACGGCUACUCUCGCGAUAUUCGGCUUAAUCUUUAUCCAGAAGAAAAUAACGGUUUUUCAUAUACUCUACUCUGCUUAAGGAGUGUUUAAUAAGCGUCCACGCGAUGGCCACGGUCAAGAUACAACCGAAGGAAGAAAUUGAUGAACAGGAUCCGUUGCAAAACCAACCAUCACAACAACAGCAGCAGCAACAGGAGGCCUCUGAACAACAACAGCUAGAGCAGCAUCAACAGACAGUGCAACCACAAAUAAGAUUUUUAAGUGCGAAUGUACUUCAGCAAUUGCAACAACAGCAAGUCUCACAGCAGCAAGAUGUUCAGCAGCAGCAAUCACAGCAACAGCCGCAGGUCAUUACGUUGCAGCAAUUGCAGAAUUUUGUGCCUUUACAAACACAGCAGCAACAGCAUGAUCAGCAGAGGCCGCAAACCAUUUCUGUACAGGCUCUACCCCAGCAGUUCUUACAAAGCGCUCAGCUGGUCGGUAAUCAAGCACAGGCGGCGAUUCAACAGCAGCAACAACAGUCACAGCAGCAACAAGCUCAGCAACAAAAUCAGCAGCAACAACAACAACCCCAGCAACAGCAACUGAGCUAUAGCGUGAUCCCUCAAAUGCAAACUGUGAAUAUCGAUGGGCAAGAAGCACUCUUUAUUCCGUCUUCUGCUAUGUCAGCAGCAGGCGGUCAUCAUCAGUCUCAACCAACAAUGCAGUUUGCAACUGCAGGAGGGCAGCAGGUGCAACUCACUAGUCAGCAAGUGCAGCUAGCAAAUGGUCAAACAAUUAUCACACCACAACCGGUCAGUCUCAUCAGAGCACCAAAUGUCUUUCCUACCUCGAUUAUCCAAAACAUCGGGGGACAAACAGUUCAAUUGCCAACAGAUUCCAAGGCUAGCCUGGCUGUUUCAGGUCAAAGCGUACAAGUGCGACCGCUCCAGUUUCCGAUGCAACAUGUCCAGCAGACGGUACCUGUCCAAGUUCCAGUCACUGCCAGUAAUGGGCAGACGGUUUAUCAAACUGUACAUUUUCCUGUGCAAGCAUUGUCCAGUGUCUUCAAUAUGCCUACCACUCAAAUGAUACCACAGAUUACGCAGCAACUCCCUCAAGUAGCUCAAAUUAUCACGCCAAAUGGGCAAAUUCAACAGGUUCAAAUAGCAAAUUUGCCACAGCUUCAAGGGUUACAGGGUCAACAAGUUGCACAACAAGUGGCUCAACAAGUGGCACAGCAACAAGCUCAACAGCAGGUAGUACAACAAGUUGCCCAGCAGCAAACCCAACAACAAGUUGUUCAAACGGUACAGCAACAACAACAGCAGCAGCAGCAGCAAGUCGCUCAAGCCCAGGUGCAACAACAGCAACAGCAAGUGCAACAGGUCGUACAGCAAGUUAUACAGCAGCAGCAGCAACAACAACAACAGCAGCAGCAACAACAACAGCAGCAGCAGCAACAACAACAAGUUCAGCAAGUGCAACAAGCGCAGCAGGCUUCUACUCCCGCAUCUACAGUAUCAACUUGGACGACCACAGUUUCUGCUCCAAGUAACGUCCAGGUUGUUGGAAUUGGAUCCCUUGGGAGAUCAGUCACCAGUGGUACGAAUGUUUUGACGACGAAAGAUGGCCAAAAAAUUGAUGUCCAAACAAUAUCUACCUUACCACGUCCACCAGAAACAGUAGAGGGUGACAUUAAAUUAACCAGCAUCGAUGCCAGCCAAUUGGCCAGUGGCCAGGUGAUACACAUACCUGCACCACAGCCGACCCAGCAGACUAUGCAGCCCAUCACGAUAACUGGAGCCCAGGGUCAACAACUUACCCUAAUCCCUGCAUCCGCUUUGACUAACCUGACAACCCAGCAAGGCGGCAUGAUGCGCGGUGUGGGUGUAGGCAGUGGAAGCAUAAUGCAAUUGCAACAUGCAGGAGGUAUGAACGCUGCCAAUGGAUUUCUCCAGUCGAUUCCUGUACAGAACAUACCUGGCCUGGGAAACGUACAAGUCAUCCCAGCGAGUGCACUUCAGCCUGCUACAAUGCAGACUUUACCAACGGCAACAGGAUCACCUAUAGUAGGUACUCCUACGGCAGUUCACCUAGACCCAAUCGACCCUACCAAGUGGCAGAUUCUCCAGACGAUACAAACCAACGGGACUCUUUCAACUCCAACACCUACUUCCCAUCAGCACCAAGUGAACAGUGCUGGCACAACAACUGGUACUACACCGGCUACGGGGGAUAACGAUUCUAGUAAACAACAUAGAAGACGCGUCGCCUGUACCUGUCCUAAUUGUGGUGAUGGCGACAGGAAUCGGGAUAUGACUAGGAAACGGCAGCACGUCUGUCACAUAGCUGGAUGUAACAAGGUCUAUGGAAAAACGAGUCACCUAAGGGCUCAUCUUCGUUGGCACACUGGUGAACGACCUUUUGUAUGCAAUUGGAUUUUCUGUGGCAAGAAAUUCACUAGGUCUGAUGAAUUGCAACGGCAUCGUAGAACUCAUACCGGUGAGAAGAGGUUCCAGUGUCCGGAAUGCACUAAGAAAUUCAUGCGCUCCGAUCAUUUAACGAAGCACAUUAAAACGCAUACGAAAAUUCGCAGCACGGCAGCGACGUCCACUCAGGAAGGAUCAUCAGAUAGUCAAUCUUCAAGCGAAGAGAAAAUUAUAAUAUCCUUGCACAAGGAAACGGAGCAGUCUGAAAUGGUGAUCACUGAUCAGAUAGAGAGCAUGGAAACCCAGACGACGAAUCAUGUGCCGCUUGAAUGAACAUUAUCAGUGCGAAUGAUUUGUGCGUCAUUUCAUGAUUUCUUAGGACGAAUGUAGCAUAUCGAACAUACCAUAACAAAAUGCAGACUGCAAAUGUAAGAUAGAUAGAAGGGUCUGUCAUUGAUUAAGAUCAUUCUGUCUGCUAAUUAUUAUGUUCGCGGGACUGUUUAUGACUGUCUGUGUAGAGACAAUUGCACAUAAUCUAUUUUUCUAACGAAACAUGUAAAAAUGUAUAUAUUGUAUAUUAUGGUAAGCGACCUUUUGCACAAGAAAAUUUUGCAAUUUUAAACGUUUGUAAACGUUAUUAUUUCUGGAAUUUUUUUCCAGUUUUUCAUUAUUGAUGUCGAAGUUUGUACAGUAACAAGAAUAUUGUGUUGUGUAAUGUAACAUUUUCGGCAGUGCGGCUCAGAACAUGACUGUACGGAUUAUUGUAUAUUGUUAAUCGAGAUAAUAUAUUGUUAUACAGUAAAAAAAA